UGGAUUAACCAGUUGCUCGGACAGCAGCAGGUCAAUGUCGCGCCGCAUCCCGCUCAACGAACUGCGAAAAAUAGACAAACAAAUCCACAAUAAUUUCUCAAAAGUUAUGGUAACGGUCCGAGGGGGUUGUGGUGUGCAGUUCAAAGAUAUUGUCAGUUGACCUUGGUUUUGGAAGUCGGCCAAAGAUGAAAAUCUCAAUCGGCUAUGAGAACAACCAGCCUCCAGGCCUCAGGGCCGAGGAGGUACCGCUGCAGUUCCGAGAGCCCUACGUGGAGAUCGGAUACCGCAAGCCCUACCAACCCUUCACCUUCUACCUGAAGAGUUUCUUCCAGAUCCACAACGAAACCCUGAACGUCUGGACCCACGCGAUCGCCUGCGUGGCCACAAUGUUCCAGGGCAUUCGCCUCUGUGCUACCUUGGAUAUGGAGCAUGAUCCUUACGCUCCCAUGUUCAAGAUGUUCAUCCUAAGCAGCAUGAUCUACCUGUUCCUGAGCACAUGUGCCCACCUGUUCCAAUCAAUUAACGAGGUGGCUCAUCACACCUGUUUCUUCAUUGAUUACAUGGGCGUCAGCAUUUAUAGCUUCGCAGCUGGUAUGGCGCAGAUCCACUUCUGCUCCUUACCCUGGGUCUAUAGAGCCGUGGAGAGCUUCUACCUCCCUCUACACUGGUUUCUGUCCUUCCUGGUCUGCUUCUGUUGCAGCUACUCCAAGUAUCGCUACAAACGACCGUACCCCUUCGCCCGCAAAGUCUGGCAGAUGUCUUCAGUCAGUGCAGGUUACAUCACGGCCAUGUUCCCCAUCACCAUGCGCAUUCUAUUCCAAGGGCUUUCCAUUUUCCACGAUCUAGCCCUCUUCUAUCAAGUACUGACGGUGGCUUCCUUCUUGGCCGGCUCCUUUUUCUUCGCCGCUCCCUUCCCCCAGAAGUUCUCGCCGGGCAACUUCGACAUCGUGGGCCACGGCCAUCAGCUGUUCCACAUAUUCAUGGCGUUUACGUCCUACAUGGAAGUGGAGGCAGUCUACCGAGAUUACAUCGAUCGGCGAAGCAUUUACUCCAAUCUCUUCACCCCGACGCCCAUGAUUGUCUGGGGCUACUUCAUUCUACUUGUGAUCGCAAACUGCAUCGUUGCCCUUGUUUUCCGGGAAAAGGUAAAGGCUCGAAUCGAGCGAGAAAAAGAGGAGUAGAAGUGUUGGGUAAAUCUUUGUAAGAAUCACCAAUUAAAAAAAAAAAAAAAAAAUUCAUGUACCUUAUCAAUUGAAAUAAUAUUUUUGCUGGAAUAACAAAUCAAUAUUUUAAAAUCUAACUGUCUUAAAAUGUUGGACUAAUUAAUGCAAAAUGGAUUCUGUUCAGGUUUAUAUGUUAUCAAUGCAAAUUGUUUGUUUCACAUUAUAGACAAUGCGACCCUAGGUCAAAGGUCACAUAGUACUUGAAAGCCUGCAGUGAUGUAUUAGGGAACCUUAUUCAUUUCAGUGCGUUUUAAUAAGGCCAAGUAAAAAAAAAAUCAGUUUCUCGUCCACGCCCACAUCCUUUGUUCCCGGUCGCUACAUUUUUUUUCUUUUAAAUUCAUACGUUUGCAAUAUUUUGUGCAUACAUUGGAAUAUUGUCAAUAUAUUGUCUUUAGAUUUGUUUCCAAUAGAAAAAGAUAUGGCUCCUGUGGACACAAUUUUGUAUUGCAAAAAAUAUGGAGAAAAUUGAAAACUCCACCUCUGCCAUCUUGGAAAAUCUACCAUCUUGGGAAAAAAAACAUUCAUCUUUAUUUUUUUUCAAAAAGGUCAAACAGGAAACUACAAACAUUUUUUCUUGGCCUAAUAAUAUAGGUCCAAUCACUCCAUAACCUCCAUGUACAUUGUACAUGUACUUUUCAUCAACUGGCAAAUUACAAGUUUUUAGUUAUCUAGACCAUACCGGUACAUCUUGAGGGCACUAGUCCAUGACUAUUUACCCCUUUAGAAGGGACAUAAACACAUAUUUGCCUUAUACUGGCAAAUUGCAACUUUUUAGUUAUCUAGACCAUACCGGUACAUCUUGAGGGCACUAGUCCAUGACUAUUUACCCCUUUAGAAGGGACAUAAACACAUAUUUGCCUUAUACUGGCAAAUUGCAACUUUUUAGUUAUCUAGACCAUACCGGUACAUCUUGAGGGCACUAGCCCAUGACUAUUUACCCCUUUAGAAGGGACAUAAACACAUAUUUGCCUUAUACUGGCAAAUUGCAACUUUUUAGUUAUCUAGACCAUACCGGUACAUCUUGAGGGCACUAGUCCAUGACUAUUUACCCCUUUAGAAGGGACAUAAACACAUAUUUGCCUUAUUUUUAUUGUCUGCAUGCAAGAAGCUCUCAUCUUCCAAGUUGCCAGCUUCCAAACUUGGCAAAAUUUCAGAGUAACUUGACAAAUACAUGUAAUUUACCCUAGCCCCACCUAAAGCUACAAAAUACUACUACCCGUAGUCCCUUACUAGUAAACUGUUAAUUAUGAAAUACUUCAGCAUAUCAAGUGAGCACAACACUCAUAGUAUUCUGUAUUACUCAGUUCAUCAUAUCUCAAAGUAAUGGCUAGGACAUUAGGGUUAAAGAACGGUAUGCCUGGAACAAAUUUGAGCAGUUUGCAAUAAAUGAACCCCAUGUGAUCACGUUAGAGCAAAUCAGACGGAAAGAAUGACGCGUAUUAUAAAAAAUGACCAGCGGAAAGGAUAAUCAAUUAGUUACGUACAGUACACCGCACAAGACCGAGCUACGUUAUUAAAAAUUCAUCCCUUGUACAAUGUGUAUAUCAUAUUGCUGUCCUUGGCACGUAAAACAAGUCAUGAAUAAUGAAAUAUCUAGUAACACUUUUAUCACGCUAGUAGCACAGCUGCAUUGCCAAGCAAAAUAACCCCCACCCCAAUUCUUUUUUAAAAAUCUGGAAAAAUACAGUGUCCAGUUCUUGAUCACUAUUUUGACAACCGUCAGAAAAAAUGAUGGCAUUGACACCAGAAAUUAAGAUUGAAGAGUAUCGAUUAAAAAGUCAAGAGCAAAAACAAUGAAAAAGAAAUAAAUAUUUGCUUGCAGAUUUUCUCCAAGUCGGUUACCUUUGAUUUGUAAAAUUUUGUUUUUGAUUUUGAUCUUAAUAGUACACAUUUAUAAAUUUUGUUCUGUUUUGUGUAAAUAUAGGAAGUUUUUCUUCAGCUUGCAUGAGUGUUUCACUUCAACAUUGUUUGAUCUUACUGUUUUAAAGUUUAAUUUGUUAGCUCAAAAAAAACCCCCAGCGCCUUGAAAUAUCAUGAAUUUGUUAAAAAACAAAAAGAUAAGAAAACAAAAUAACUUGUACAGCUUUUGUUUUUAAUGACAUAUAAAUACUUACAUGUACACACAUGUACGUAUAUGCCUCUAGAUUGUUGUAAAUUGUCCUGGUAUAUGUACAUGUACACUGUACUUUUCAUUGUAAACACAACAGGACCUAUAAAAUAAACAUUGCAAAUAUACUUGCAACAAACAAAAUUGAACGAAGUACAAUGUAUGCAUGUGCAGAUAUCUUAUUUUUGUCCUGGUACAUACAUGUACAACUGUACAUUGGCAUGCUUUGAAUUGCAUACACCAUGGGACCUAUGAUGAAAUAAACAGAUACAUAUUGCACACUCACAUUCCAUACUUGCUGCGACAUGCUGUGCGUGCAGUCUGCUUUUAUUAUUGCCUUUAAGUUACGCCAAAGCUGCGUUUCAGCCUUGCACUUUAAAUCAUCCCAGCUGGAUCAAUUCUUUGUCGCCUUUUCUGCAUCCUCACAUGAAAGAAGUGUGUAGAGUACAUUAUUGAAAAUGUGCACUGAGCUGUAACGGUUACAAAAUUCACCACUUUUUCAUCUUCGCUUCAUGAUAAAAUCUGCCCCCAAAUUUUCUUAAUUAUUCCUUU